AUGACCCCAAAAGUCAAGCAAGAGCCAGAACCUGAAAGAGACAGCAGCAGCGACAGUGACAGUGAUCCCCUUCCAAGGUCACAGCGGCGCAGCAACACGUUCCUCACCAGCGGUAGAGCCAAAUCGCAAAAGAAGAUCAAGUUUUCCCAGCCAGACAAUCCAGCACCGGCUGUGAAGGAAGAAGACAACGGCUCUCAGGAUAAUGUUCCAGAGAGUGAUAGCUCGUCUGAAGAUAUUCCUGUCCGCAAGCGCACUCAGCCUACCAUCCCAAAGGCCAUAACUCCGAAAAGGUCCAAAAAGAAGAGAAAAGCUUCACCAGACAGUGAUCAAGGUUCUCCGCCGGCAAGUAAACGUCAAACGAGAGCAAGCAAGCGGCGCCGAAAGACCCGACAGGCCGCUGCAAGCACAUCCGAGGACUCUGAGGAUCUGGAGAUUGUGGGUGGGCCUGCAAAGGUCGGACCUCACGAUCUUGACAUUGGUGAACCCGAAUCCAGUGGUGACGAUGCUCUUGCAUCCUCUCCAGGAUCACUUCCAAGGAAAAGAAAGGCCAAACAGUCCUCCAAAGUUUUCAGUGACGAUGAAGAGAGCGAUGAUAUUCCUGUUUCAACCAGGAAGAGGAGAGCUCCCCCAGCUUCUGACAGCGAAGAUGAACCAGUGACUCAAAGAUCCCGCAGACGAUCACCCGCUGCCGCCCAGCAGGAGCAGGAGGACCUUGCAGAAGACCUUGAGUUUCUUGGUUCGUCCCCUCGCAAGUUGGAUGUCCCGCGUCGGCCGAGAAACGUACCACCGGUGAUGAACGCUCGUCAAAAGGCCCUGGAAGCGCUCAAGAGACGACGUCUUGGACAAGAACCGUCCCCCGAGGUCGAGGAAGGACCCCAGCAGAGACGCCGGCGUGCUCUCUACGAUACAGAAUCAGAGUCAGAAUCCGAACCUGAUCAAGAUGACGAAGAUGAAACGGAUGAAGAUGAGGACGAGCUAUCUGAUAGGCCUCAUGCCAGGGUCCACCAAGCGACAACAAUGGACAUGUUCCAGGAAGAUGACGAGGACGGAGACUUUGUGGUUGAGGACGAGGACGAAACUAUCGGCGUUCCUGACGAAGAUGCUACUAUCCCUCUCGCAUUCACCAGCAUUAGUCGUGCUAAGGGCAAGGACCUAUUCAAAUACGCAGUAGAAUGGAUGGUUCAGAAGAAGCUGAACCCCGGCUUUGCGAAGGAUGACGAGAUCUACAAGUUAACAUUCAGAAAACUGGAUGAUGAGGUAAAGGGGUUGGCAGGGUCAAAAUUCACGUCUUCGGCCUGGACACGAGACUUCACCAGGGCUCUGCACGCCAGACCACGAAUGGAUUCCGUCGAAAUCAGCGCUUACAAGAGCGACACCCUUUCCGAUGUGGAAGACAACGACUCUUCUGAGUCGGAAGAUAGCGAUUCGGAUGAUGAGGACCGUCGUUCCGUUGAUGCCAAUGGACACUCGCUCCCGCCGGAGUCUACCGUCUUCCACGUUGGCGUACACUGCAAAACCAAUGCUGAAACAGCCCAUACGCUGACGCAUUGGCGCUGGCAUUUGUAUGACUGGGUCAAAGACCACCUGAAGGCGCAGGGCCACCUUGAUCCUGAAAAGAUCGUGGAGCGCGACGGAUGGAAAACGAAGAAGAAAAUGAAAUAUGCGAACAAGGUCGUCGAUGAGAUGAAGGAGAAUGGCGAGAUUAAGAAAUUGUGGCAUGACUUCAAAGCCACCAUCGACGCCGCCAGAGAAGCCAAGCAAGCUGGCUGGAGUCGGUUUUCUAGAUGA